AUGCAGCCUGUUACUGAAGCCUCCAAUGACAUCACACAGAAUAUUGAUGUAGCAUCACCCAAAGAAAUUGUCCAACUAUUGUGUUCGUGCGAUGUCGAAAUUUUUGAUGGUUGGCAUGGUUACCCAAAUAUUCAUAGCAAUGAAAUCAUCCAUACCAUAGGUGAAAUCGCUACAGCUGGGGUGGAAAUAUUAAAGGACCCAUCCAACAAUAUAAUCGUUUUAAGUGGCUGUGGAACAUCAGGAAGAUUGGCCUUCAUACUGUGUAGAUCAUUUAAUAAGCUGUUGAGAGAACAGGGCAUGCAAGAAUGUUAUGAGUAUGUGAUAGCAGGGGGAGAUAAAGCACUGUUUACAUCACAAGAAGCUCCAGAAGAUGACCCAGAAGCUGGAAUACAGGCACUGAAACAGGUAUCUCAGGGAAAGAGAAAAGUGUUGUUUAUUGGUAUUACAUGUGGUUUAUCAGCGCCAUUUGUAGCUGGACAGUUGGAUUACUGCAUGGAUAAUCUUGAUAAAUUCACUCCAGUUUUACUAGGCUUUAAUCCUCUUAAUCUAGCUAGAGAUUUACCAAUAGAGAAUUGGAAUAAAACAUUCCUUCAAGUAACAAAGAGAUUGGAAGAUCUUUGCCAGAAACACUCAGAUAAAUGCUUUAUAUUGAAUCCUAUUGUUGGGCCAGAAGCAAUUCGUGGAUCAUCGCGUAUGAAGGGUGGUAGCGUUACAAAGAUUUUACUAGAAACUAUAUUUACCAUAUCACACCACAUCAGGGACGACAAGAACCAAUCGCUGCAUAUUAUGGUUCAGAGUUUGUUAUCAGCGUAUCGCCACGUCUAUGAGAUGACGUAUUCCUACAUGGAUGAUAUUGCUGUUAUGAUCCAAUGGGCUGCUGAAAGCUUGAAUAAUAAUGGACAUGUUUAUUAUAUUGGAGUGGAUUCAUUGGCAACAAUUGGUAUCAUCGAUGCAUCGGAAUGUCCACCAACAUAUAGCUCUAGUUUAGAGGAUAUUAGAGGCUUCAUAUAUGGAGGAUACACAACAUAUAAAAACAAAGAAGGGGAUAUUUCUCACCAUUCAAUAAAUAAUUUUCAAGAAAACCUAAUUGAUCAACUUGCAUGCAAUGAUACUGUACUAUUUCUACUUACUUAUCAAGAUGUGUGCAAUGAGAACGACAGUGUUACUCAACUCACCAAAUCAAUUCUGCAAUAUACCAAGCACAUUGGUGCUAUAUACUUCACAGAACCACAUAAUCCAAGUGGAAACACAGAUGAGUCAACAGUAUUAUCCUAUUUCAAACAUGUUGCCAUGGUGACAUUACCAUGGCACCGUAUCCAGGAAACAAUUUCUCCUGUCUUCCCAACACUCUCAGGAACAAAACUAUAUGAAGAACUCCGUCAUUUUGUUGGUUUUCUGUGUGAAAUAUCUUUAAAAUGGAUACUAAAUGCCAUCAGUACAGGUAGUCAUAUUAUGAAGGGCAAGAUUUAUAAGAAUCUUAUGAUUGAUGUCAAAGUCAGCAAUAAUAAACUAUAUCACAGGGCUAUUAGUAUUAUACAGAAAUUCGCUGGUUGUAGUUUGGAAGAAGCCAGAUGUGCUUUAAUUAAGUCUAUCUAUAAAACUGAUACCCUCACCGCCGAGCAGGGCAGUGCAGCUAUAUCAAAACAUAUUGAUAUGGCCACGACUAUGAAUAAGGUUGUGCCUGCAGCGUUGUUAAUUGCUGUACGACAGUGUAGCGUACAUGAAGCUAUACAGAUACUCAAUGAUGUCAAAGUGGUGUCCAAAGCUAUUUUAAUGUCUAAAUGA